AUGUCAGGACACCACCGCAUCACCCUCGCCGCCAACCCCCCAUACUUCGAUGGGGACAAGUCCAAAUAUAUGGGCUUCGUGGAUUCGUGCACCACCUAUAUUGGUGCCUAUCGGUCGGAAUUCUCGCAGGAUGAGACAAAAAUCCUCUUCAUCCUAUCAUACCUCCGCAACAAGGCUGGCACAAGCUGCGCUGCCUCGAGAUGGGCAAUGAACUGGAAGCAGCGCAACUUCAAGAGCCUUAAUGGAAUAAAGGCUGGGGUCACCUCGGCGACCUUCUUGGAGGAGCUUCAAAGGGCUUUUGGGGACUCCAACGCGGAACAAGUUGCCGCCGCUCAGCUCAUGGCCCUGCGCCAGAAUAAACGAUCCUUUGCAGAUUAUAUCUCCAACUUUGAGAUGCUGGCUGCGGACGCGGGGUACAACGUGGUCACCUCCACCGACAGCAAGGGCGAGUACAAGAAGGGGGAUCAGGACAACAUCCUCAUCGAAUUCCUCGAGCGUGGACUAAGCAGCGAGAUCGCAAGUCGCCUCUACAACAUGGGUGUCCCCUUGCCCAAGGCGUAUGGCGCCUUCAAGGACUGGUGUGUCAACAUCGAGGCAAACACUCUACGCGAUCAGCUGCGCAAAGCAUCGCAUGCGCACUCCGCACCACGACCGCCUCCCCAAUUCCGCCCGCAGGUAACCCCAAUGACACCUGCACCCGCCCCGGCCCGACCUGCUGCCAACAAACCGGUUCCGAUGGAAAUGGAUCGCACCCACGCCCGCGGCCGCAAUAUCAUCUGCUACAACUGUCAGCAGCCUGGGCACAUUGCGCGGAACUGCCCGGAACCAAGGAAGAAGCGCACAUUCUUCAAUCGGGCCACGAUGCUUGAAGAGAUCGAGAACGGGGACAAGUACAACGAGUUCCUCAAGGAGAUCACUGAGAAGCUGCGCGAGAAGGGUUUUUGA